AUGUCCGCCCCUCAUCUGCGGGCGCUCAGCCCCGCGCACUCACCCGCCGCCUUGACCGGGGCGAACUUGGCGAAGUCGCGCUGCAGCGUCAGGCCGCCGCCGUCCAGCCGGGGACAGCGCGGGGGCCCCGGGGUGGCCGAGGGCCUCAGCGCCGCGGCCCAGGCGCACCCCGAUGCCCGCCAGCACGAGCAGCGCGGCCACGCCGCACACCGCGUAGACGGCCGUGUGGCUGCGCUCGCGGGCCGGGUCCCGGGGCGCGGCGGGCUCGCGGGCGCGCGCGGGCGGCCGGCCGGUCUGCACCCAGGCGGGCGUGUCGUAGUUGGAGCAGCGGCUCUGGUCCAGGCGCCGCGGCCCGUCGUGGCAGCAGAAGCGGUAGCCGCACGUGCCGCAGCAGAAGCUGUAGGCGCCCGAGCUGCAGUUGAAGGGCGGGUCCCACUGGCCCAUCACGUCGUAGUAGCCGCGGCAGCGGUCGCCCCCCUCCGGGGCCGCGGUGCCCGGCGCCGCCGCGGGCUCGGGCGCCUCGGGAGCCCCCGCGCGGCCCGACGGCGGCGCCAGCAGCAGCGCCAGCCCGAGCGCCAGCGGGAGCCCCCGCGCCCCGGCCCGCUCCAUCGGGCCCGCGCCUUCGGCUACGGCGCCCGGCGCAUGCCCGCCGCCCGCCGCCGCCUCCGGGACUCGUCCCCUCCUCGGGCCGCGGCCGGCCGCUGGGUCCCGGGUGGCGGGGGCGGCGGGGAUCGCUGCCUUCCCGCCGCCCGCUCGGCGCUGCCCGCGCUCUGGCUGCGGCUCGGGCGCGCGGGAUGGGAGGAGCGGGCGGGAGGCGCCGGGGGAGGAGCGCGGCCGCCGCGGCGAGGAGGGGGCGCGCUCGGCCCGGCGCCCCCCGGGACUCCCCGCAGCCUGCCCCCCGCACGGCCCCGGGCCUCCCCGCAGCCUGGCCCCCCGACUCCCGGCACGGCCCGCAGCCCCCCCGACUCCCCGCACGGCCCGGAGCCCCCCGACUCCCCGCGCGCCUGGCGCCCCCGACUCCCCGCACGGCCCGGAGCCCCCCGACUCCCCGCGCGCCCGGCACCCCCGACUCCCCGCACGGCCCGGAGCCCCCCGACUCCCCGCACGGCCCGGAGCCCCCCGACUCCCCGCGCGGUCCGGAGCCCCCGUGGACUCCCCGAAGCCUGGCGCGCCGGUGGCUCCGCUCAGGGACUGAAAGUUCGGACCUGCGGCCGCUGUUUACAGCAGAAACAAGAACGAAGCCGAGAAUGAGCCACGUGACUGCGGGAAGAGCAUUUCUACCCGAGGGAACCUUCGUUGACGGUCCUGAGACAGGAUUUAGAAUUCCUAGGAAACUGGAGGUGAGAGGGAGACCAGAGACCCCCCCCAGUGCCAGAAUGUGGAGCUCCGAGACCCCAGAGCUUGCAGAAAACGAGGGUCAGGCUUGGAUCUGGACUCGAACAGGAAGUUCUGGGGAGCGGGUUGGGUGCAGCUGGGCGAGGGGCCCAGUUUGGCUGCGGUCAGGGUGGGGAACUGUCAAUCUGAAUAUAAAUCGGUGGGGAUGUUGCAGCUCAGGACUUAACUCCCGGCUCUUCCUCAGCAGGGACUCGUGGCAUUUCUGGGACAGACCUGGCGCCCCCUCCCAUGACCGAGGAGGAGUCGGGACCUUCCUGUUCCGACACGGAGACACGGAUCUAUUCGUGGGAGCGGACCGUGAGAACCCGGGGUCCUCACGUGCCUGCUGACCCAGACACGGCAUGUCUUGCUUUGUAAAUGGCUUCCUGGGUGCCGGCCCAGGUGGGGCUUGGGUUUCUCACCACCUGGGGUGGGGAGGGCCCCCUAAAAGUCAGGUAGGGCUUUCCGCUGCUGCACGAGCAUGAUCCCAGAGGACAGCUAAACUACUUUGGGCAACGCAGCUUCUUGCAGAAAUGUCUCUAGACUGUGAACUGAGCCACUGCCCCACGCUGCACCAGGAGGGAAGGGUUUUUCCUCUCUCGGCUCUUCUUUUCCGGGCACAGCAUGGCGACCACCAUUUAUGAGCACAAAAAGGAGGUACAAGCCUGCAGAAACGGGGACUCAUGGGAGAUCCUGGGAUGGGGGCGGUACCGGCCCCGCCCUCCACGGAGAUUUAAGUGCAGUGGCCACACGUGUGCGGCCUUUCCACUGCUGCACGAGCAUGAUCCCAGAGGCCAACUAAACUACUUUGGGCACCAGCAGCUUCUUGCAGAAAUGUCUAUAGACUGUGAACUGAGCCACUGCCCCACGAUGCACCAGGAGGGGAAAGGGUUUUCUCUCUCGGCUUUUCCAUUUUAUGAGCACCACAAAAGGGAAGUAAAAGCUUGCAGUGAUGCAAUUUCUGGCAGAAAUUUCCCUGGACUUAGUUACUAAAAUACAGAAAUCUGAAACCGCGCGGCCGCAACAGCAGCCACACAACCUCAUAUCUCUUAAUUAUCAGCAAUGGAAAACAUUAUCAAAUGGUUCCUUUUCAACAGGUCUGACUGGGGGGGGGGGGAAACUCCAAACAAUAAUAGUGAUUUUUUUUUGUUGAAAUAUUGAAGGUAAUCGGGGCUGGAGCAAUAGCACAGCGGGUAGGGCAUUUGCCUUGCACGUGGCCGACCCGGGUUCGGUUCCCAGCAUCCCAUAUGGUCCCCCGAGCACCGCCAGGAGUAAUUUCUGAGUGCAUGAGCCAGGAGUAACCCCUGUGCGUUGCCGGGUGUGACCCAAAAAGCAAAAAAAAAAAAAAAGAAAUAUUGAAGGUAAUCAAAGUAAAGUGAAAUCUAUUAGCUACACAGGCGGAGUGGGGGGGAGGUAUACUGGGGCUCCUGGUGGUGGAAUAUGUGCACUGGUGAAGGGAUGGGUGUUGAGUAUUGUAUAACGGAGACUUGAGACUGAAAGCUCUGUAACUUUCCACAUGGUGGUUCAAUAAAAAAAUUUUUAAAAAAGAAUUAAGA